UGCCACACCACCCAAAAUGCGGGACAUAUUAUCAACGUUUGUCGACAAACUGUGCGAUUUAAAUGGUCGGGCUGAUUUUGAUGGUAUAGAUAACGCUGCGCUUGAUUUUAGUCAAUUGGAGGACUAUAUCAAUGACGAGGAGGACAACCAAAAUACAAUAUACUUUCAAGAGGCUCUUGUAAACAGUGAUCUCAGACCAGAGGAAACACCGCAAACAGCCUUCAAAGUAACCGCUGUCGGCCAACAACAACAGCCCACUACAGGCCAAUUACAACCAACACCACCACAUCCCGGUGCUCAGCCACCACCAGCGCCGCCCCAGUCAGCCGGCUUAUUGCCGCAGCACUAUCUCGGUGUCGGCGGUCCAGUGCCCAGUGGACCGACGCCAGCGCCUCGCAGUACCACAACAGUGACACUUGCUGUCAAUAAUAGCAAUAAAUCGCCUAAAUCUCAGUCGUCCCGUACCAGCCAUCAGACAACAACUAUUGUCCAACAAACUCCCGGUGCGCACCAUCCACAGCAACUGCCGUCACAUCUAACAGGCCAAACAGUUACCGUUCAUCCGCAGCCGCAGCUGCCGCCGACCACAUCAGUGACAGUAACGCACAUCGGUUACAACGGUCAUCAAUCGGCCAGACAUAACGGUUCACAGCAGCCGCCAGUGCCGCCGUCCGUCAGCGUUCAGCAGCCGUUGCGCCACCACUUGCCAGACUCACCGCCCGAUUCGGGUUCGGAGCCGCCCUUUUCGCCAUUAAAUGACGACAAAGUAAUUAGUAGUGUCAACAGUGUUGCCUCACAACCAAACAACACAACAUCAGACAUAACAAUGUUAGAGCCGACCAUUGAAGGCAUGAAACAGUUUAUGAGUUAUACGACAGCACACACACCACUAAAACAAUUGUUACCACAAAAUGAGAUCUCUUUGACAAUAACACCACCGCAUCAUUCGCCGCAACAACAGGCAAUGACUGGACUGCCGCCCAUGCAUUCACAUCCGGUAGUUUUAAUACCGCAAGAGGUGCCGCCCAUCAACCAAAUGGUACCAAUACCGGGACCAUUGGGCCUUCAGGCCACUCCAGUAACGACAGGCAUGGUAUCGCCGGCCACAGCCGGUCACCUGACAACCCUGUACGCCACAAACGAGGAGUAUAUGGCCGCCUGUAUCAGUUCACCUGAACAACAACAACAACACCAUUCCAGUCAACAAAGCAAUGGCCAGACAAGCAAAAAGAGGAAACUUUCGGGCAAACAGAGCACAAACAACACAAGUAUGAUGAACGGCGGUGUCGUCCAUAUUAAACAAGAACCUGACGGCCUGUCGCCAGAACCGAACAAUAAUCUUCAUACAACCACUUCGAUGAUCAUACCGGGCGAUGACGAAUACUUUGACUACGGACCCGAUGGACAGAUAUAUCUCGAUUCGGUCUACCAGUGUAUCCGAUUUCAAAUCUUUCAGAACAGUCCGUUCUCUAUAUUGUGCGACUCAUCGCUGAAGGAACUACCGACACCCAAUUAUAAAGUCGAAGCGGACAAAGGUUUCAACUUCAGCAAUGCCGACGACGCGUUUGUUUGCCAGAAGAAGAACCACUUUCAGGUCACUGUUCACAUUCAGCCGAUCGGACUGCCGGCCUGUGUCAAGUCGACCGACGGCAUCAAAAAGAUCGAUAACUUUUAUCUACACUUUUACGGCGUAAAAGUUGAAUCGCCGGCUCAGACCAUCAAAGUAGAGCAAAGUCAGAGCGACCGAAGCAAAAAAGCUUUUCAUCCAGUCUUAGUCAACUUAUGUCCGGAUCAGGUGACAAAGACAACAGUAGGUCGGCUACACUUCAGCGAAACCACGUCCAACAAUAUGAGAAAAAAGGGUAAACCAAAUCCCGAUCAGCGAUACUUUUAUUUGGUGGUCGCACUGCACGCACACGUGGCCGACCAGUCCUAUCCCAUUAUUGCCCACUCAUCCGAAAGGAUCAUUGUCCGGGCAUCAAAUCCGGGUCAAUUUGAAAACGAUAUCGAACUGUCCUGGCAAAAGGGACACUCGCCAGAGUCGAUCUAUCACGCGGGACGGGUCGGCAUCAACACAGACAGGCCGGACGAGUCAUUGGUGGUCUACGGCAAUGUCAAAGUGACCGGUCAUAUCAUACAGCCGUCUGAUAAAAGGGCCAAACAAAAUAUCGAAGAACUGGACACUAAGGAACAGUUGAAAAAUGUACAGAACAUGCGUAUUGUUAGGUAUCAGUUCAAACCCGAGUUUGCCAAAGAGGUCGGACUCGAAGGCGACAAUAUAUUGGGCACCGGUGUACUGGCACAGGAAGUCCAAAAGAUAUUGCCCGACGCCGUCAAAGAGACCGGCGAUGUUGUAUUGCCCGACGGCGAAACAAUUGAAAACUUUUUGGUCGUCAAUAAGGACCGGAUAUUCAUGGAAAAUGUCGGCGCCGUUAAAGAGUUGUGUAAAGUGACCGAUAAUCUCGAGACCAGAAUCGAUGAAUUGGAACGAAUGAACAAUAAGUUAAAUAAAUUCAAUAGAUUUGAUUCAAUCAAGAGUGUCAUCUCUAUGUCCAGUGUGGCCAGUGGUAGCACAGUUACCUCAAACUCAAUUUAUAAUAAUAGUAAUAAUACCCGACCAACAUGUUAUAAACAUUAUAAGCACCGGCACCGUAACAGUGUGUCCGCACCUACCAUAUGCACCAAUAAAUUCAUUCAAACAGUUAUUAUGGUAUUAGUGCUAAUUAUGGCAUUUUGCCUGGCAUCCAUUGCCACACUGUAUGUAUUAGAGUAUCAUCGCCGACAUUCCCAUCACUCCCAGCCAUUACAAGACACACCAUCCAUACAACAACAACAACAACACACAUACAACACAAACACUCAUCAGUCAUCGCCUGUAAAUAUAGUAUACACGCCAUAUCCUCAUCAAUCACAACAACCACCGCAACAACAAUACCCGUCCAGUUCUGUGAUUACAUAUCAUGACCCGCAGUCAAUACAUCAGUCGACUGAUAAAAGACAUAAUCCUAAUAGAGAUAAGACACAAAUGAGUGUCUAUUCAUUUACCACAUCUUCGUCGGUUCGCACGAGACCCACAUCCAUACCGAUACUCAAACCCCAGGUGUUGGGCAUACCGUACAGUUGUCUGGACGUGAGCACAGUCAUACCCUCGUGUCCCAUACACUGUUGCAGUGAUAAUACCAAUAGUAAUAGUAAUAAUAAUAAUAAUAAUGACAGAUCUUACGCCCAAAGAAGUUCAACGUUUAGCACACAGUCGUCUUCGCCCUCAUCGCCGUCGGCGCGCACAUCAUCCACACAAGUGGUCACCAAAUCGACAUAUUAUUCGACAAACAACAACAACAAUAAUAAUCUAAUGACCCAAAUGACGGCCAACGGUCUGUCCAAUAAUAAUAAUAAAAACGGCGACUCAAAGACCACCAAUACAUUGGGUCACGAAGUAGUGGUAGACGUCGAUCCCUACUCGAAGACCAGCUAUAUCGACGAAACGGCCAGUGGUGACCUGAAUCACCCGAACACGUUGAACCGCGAGCUGGACAACAGCGAACCGCCGACCAAUAUCUAUAAUACGACAUUUUUUACCCGACUCUACGAUAGAUUGUUGAACAAUAGUGGCCGAAAUUCUGAUACCAUAGACACGAAAAAACGUACGGACGAAACGUUUGCUCUGAAGUACGGAUCAGUUGAUCUGCAAAACACACAGAACGAGUAUCCGAAGUCCGGUGAGGAGGUGUCCCGCGAGCGUCGGGAGACCAGCGAAGCCAAUCAAAAGGAGUCGGCGUUCAAUUCAAUGCCGCAAAAAGAUUUGUCCAAAUCGGUCGAUUCAAUCAAAUUGAUUGAACUAAAUGCUACCAUUGGUCGCGAGUAUUGCAAUACAUUACAGUGUAUUCAGGGAUCGGGUCCUAAAUUCAAUUAUCUAAUACCACUGUCCAAGUAUAUGGAGUUGGAGUACGUGACACUUCAGUUUAGUCUAAACCAACACAUGAAGGUAGACCACUGCGAGUCAAAAACUAAACCGGCCAGUUGUGUGACUGCACACGACGGUGCCGAUGAUGUUCCUCAAUCGUAUCACCGAUCAACCGAUCACAUACUGGUGCCCGAAACGACUCCCAAUUGGCGCAUACCUAUUGGUAUAUAUAUGAGAAGUACAUUUGUAUUUCGGAUAUUAGCGCGCGAUUCUGUCGCCGAUUCGCCGUGCAAUUUAGCCGAUUCACAAUCUGGUAUCUCAUUUGUCGAGUAUAAGCUGGAGUUUUAUCGCAAAUGUGAUAAAUGAUUUUUUUUAAUAUCAACAAAAAUAAAAUGU